AUGAUAGCUACUAAGAUACUUAAGCAACGAGAGUCACUACCUGUUUUUUCUUAUAGGCAAGAAAUCAUCGAUGCCAUAAAGAAAGAAAAUUUACUUGUUAUAAUUGGUGAAACUGGUUCCGGUAAAACGACACAGAUCCCUCAAUAUAUUUUAGAAGGUUUUGAGAAUUGUAGGUUAAUCGGAGUCACUCAACCAAGACGUAUAGCUGCUAUAACAGUUGCAACCCGAGUGUCGGAAGAACACGGUACUAGAUUAGGUGAGGAUGUGGGUUAUAGCAUAAGAUUUGAUGAUUGCACUUCAUCAAAAACUCGGUUAAGGUAUAUGACCGAUGGUGUUUUAUUGCGGGAGGCGACACUCGAUACGCAACUUGAACAGUAUGAUAUAAUUAUUGUCGAUGAAGCCCACGAAAGAACUGUGGAAACGGAUGUAUUGUUUGGAUUAUUGAAGGCAACACAUCGUCUACGACCAGAAUUAAAAAUCCUAAUAAUGUCGGCGACUCUAAACGUUGAGAAAUUUUCGGAUUUUUUUAACGGCUGUCCCAUAUUUUUUAUACCCGGGAGAACUUUUAACGUUAAUAUCAAUCAUCACCGUGACGCAAAAAUUUCUAGUUUGAAAUCGACAUACGUACAACGUGCAGUUGAAACUGCAUUAUAUGUUCACACACAAGAAUCACCUGGCGAUGUAUUGGUAUUUCUGACUGGACAGAAUGAAAUUGAUAAAGCUUGUAGGGAUCUUAUAGCUCGUGAAAAAGAUUUAGAUUAUAGAACUGAUGUGAAGUAUGCUGAUGAGGUUCGAGGGAUGGUAGUUUAUCCAAUAUACUCCACCUUGGAAACUAUGGAACAAAAGGCUAUUUUUGAUGAUCCACCUCGAUAUACAAGGAAAAUCGUCUUUGCUACCAAUAUUGCACAGACAUCUGUCACUAUACCCGGAAUUAAGUAUGUGGUUGACUCUGGCUUUGUAAAGCAGAAAUCAUAUGAUCCAACUACUGGGAUGGAUGCUCUUUUAGUUGUUCCGAUAUCGCAGGCAGCAGCGACACAGAGAGCUGGGCGUGCAGGGAGAACAGCACCUGGUAAGGCAUUUAGACUUUAUAGCCGCGAAUCAUUUGAGAAAUUGGACGAAGAAACUGUGCCUGAAAUUCAACGAAGCAGCCUUUUGAGUACGGUACUAAGUCUAAAGAAGAUGGAGAUCAAAGACAUUCUCAAUUUUGAAUUUAUAGAUCCUCCAGAUCCAUUAUUAGUAAAGAAUGCUUUGAGACAAUUAUUCUUAUUGGGGGCUAUUGAUAAUGAAGGAAAACUUACUUCAUUGGGUGAUGAAAUGUCAAUUUUCCCAUUGAGUCCAUUCCUGUCGAGAGCAUUAAUUGCAAGCGCUAGACAAUUUGGGUGUAGUAAAGAAGUUAUGACAAUUGUAUCAUUACUUUCUGUGGAGGAAGUUUUUAUUUCACCACGGACCGAAAAAAAACAAACCGAAGCUGAUGAGCGACGUAAAGAAUUCUACCACCCAUCUGGAGAUCAUCUGACACUGCUCAACCUAUUUGAAGCGUAUCAAGAUAAUGGACACAGUCGAGAAUGGUGCAGAGAUCGAUAUUUGAAUCAUCGAACCCUGUCAACGGCAAAGAACAUACGAGAUCAACUGAGAGAGUUAAUGAUAAAACACAACAUUCCAUUGAUUUCUUGCCGAAAAAAAAAUUCUCAUAAUGAUGAGAGAGAAAAAAAGAAGAGAAAGCUCAAUUAUUUAGAUGCAAAAUAUGAUUCAAUUAAAAUAUUGGAAUCAUUUUCGACCGCAUAUUACAUAAAUAUAGCAAAAAGACAUUCGCAUCGUCCAGUAUUUUAUCAUUAUGCAUCAGCGCGGUCACCUGGGAAUGAAUAUGUAGAUGCUAAUUCGUCCCUACUGGCAUUGCAUAUUUCACCUGUGUCAGCAUUGUUCCCCGAAAAUAGGGUGGUCAAAAUGGAUGAUCUAGAUUGGGUAAUGUACCAUAAUAUGUUAUAUACUAAUAAGGCUUUGAUGAAGGUUGUUAGUAGAGUAAAUUUGGAAUGGGUAGAAGAAAAGUUAAAAUUGUUUAAGGAACUUGAGAAUGCCAGACUGGAUGGGUCAAGUGUGGCGAAAGAGAGUGAAGAUAAAAUCGUGGAAAAUGAUAGUGAAAAAAAUGAUGCAAAGAAUAAGGAAGUUAUAGAAGAAAAUGAAAGAAAAAAUCAAAGAUUGGAAGCCAUUGAAGCUGCCCGACAGAGAGCUUUGAACAGGAGAACAGUUAAUGAAUAG